AUGUCUUCCAUCCUCAACACCCUCGGCCUCCGCGCCGCCCCCGGCGAACAGGCUCCAAACUUCGCUGCCGGCUUUCUCGUGGCCAAUUUUUUUUUCGCGUACGCUUUGAUGAGCACUCGCGGCACAAAGACGCUCCUUGGUAUCGACAACAACGUCGCGCCCCGUGAGGACCUCUCCAAGUACGGCGAAGCUGCCGUUAAGGCGGGCAAGAUCAGCCAGCGCACUCUGAACAAGUUGAAGCGGCAGGAGGCGGCGCAUGCCAAUGCCGUCGAGGGGUAUCCCCUGUUCGUGGCAGCGAUGCUGCUGUCGGUUGUUGCCGGCGUUCCUCAUGAAACCAUCAACACUAUCGGUGUGUGGUAUACCUUGUCGCGUGUCGCGUACAGCCUGUGUUACUCGUACAUCGAAUCGGUUGGUCCCAGCUACCUCCGCUCUGUGGUUUGGUGGUCUGGUAACAUUAGCUGCAUCACCGGACUGGUGCUGGCUGGCAAGAAGCUGUAA